GAGUAUUUUACUCCUAUUUAGGGUGUCGUUUCCGCAUGCUUUUAUUAUGAUUUAUCACGGUUUUAUGGUAUUCCGAGUGCCUUAUUAUAUGUUUUAUUAUUUCAGGUACUUUGGAGCAUCGCGGAAGCAUUUUGAUACAAAAGAUGGAAAAGUCGACGGAAAAGAGGCGAAAGCUCAUUUGCAAGUCUGAAAAACCGACCCCUCUGCACUAAUUGGCAAAUUGGAACCAGCUAGAAGCCUCAAAUGAACUUGUGUUCUUCAUGAAAGUUGAAGUAGACGUCACAAGCUUUCCAACGGUUCAAGAAUCGACUCAAUCGGACAUUUCUACGCAAAGUUAUGAAGUUUUGAAGAUCGGAGCUGAAACCGUAAUGCCAAGCUCGAAUCGAGCUCACCAAGGCCAAGAGGGAGCUCGAUUCGAGCUCACCACUCUGAGUUCCAGAAAUUCAAGCUCGAAUCGAGCUUGAGGAGCAAAAAAUCAAGCUCGAUUCGAGCUUAGGCUUGUGUAAAGGGGGAAAUUUGAUUUCAAAUGCUUCAAGGCUUGAUUCUCUUUGCUUCUUUGGGCCAAACACUCCUUGAGUGAAUGUUUUUCUUUCCUCUUUUGUAAACAUAUAAAAACCCUUUUAUCUCUAUUUUAGGUUAUGUCAUGAUUUGGUAGAGAAUUGAUAGACAUCUCAUUAUUGUAGCAACACUUUCUCUCUAGCUUUAAAUCAUUGUUCUUAUUGUUCUUACUAAAAGUAGUAAAGGAUCUUCAUAGUUCUUGGUGUUCUUCAAACUAAUUUCCAGAUUUUGCUAUAUUGGGAAACUUAUUAAAUACAAGUAUUAGUCUUUUAAUUGAAGCUUCAUUAUCUUGUUCAUGUGUUUAAGGUUCAUUUAUUACUCCAAGGUACUUAAUCUUUACUCUAUGCCUAAUCUUCAUUAUUGCUUAAUUAGUUUUGCCAUGAUGAUGAUUAGUAGCUAAACCCCUUGUUUGGGGGUUGUUAUGAUUGCCAUGCUUGAUUAAAUAGGUGAUUAGGGUUAGGGUUUAUGGGUGAUGUUGGUUGUUGUGCUUCUUGAGCUUAAUGCUUAGUAUAGGUUGGCCUCUUAUUCUUUGCUAUGUGGUUUAAUUAAGAGGACGAGAGUUAACUAAUUAGACUAUACCUAGGGGAGUACAUGCUUUAGACCUAGAUGCAUUAGCAUGAUCUAGGGCUAUCUUGGUUGUGGAGUUUGCUUGAUUAGUCGGCUCGAUUAACUCUAUCAAAAUCUAUGAGCACGAGAGUGGAUUAGAUUUCGGAAUUGUUAAUCAAGUUUUGACUCAUUCACUUCCGGCUCGAGAGAGCGGAAUUGGUUCCGUAGAAUAGCUUGACCCGACCUAAGCUCCUAUCACCUUGACCCGAACUACCUAGAUAUGACUUUGGCAUGACUAGCAACCUCCAAGCGUUUUUACCCUUAGUUGAAUCCUUAUUGUUCAAUCUUGUUUAAUUGCAAGUUUAGUAGUUGUUUACCUUUAGACUUUUGAUACUUUGAAAACCAUAUUCAUGUUUGCUAAACGAAUUGAAUAGCAACUAAAAUCACUCUCAUCGAUAAUCACUCUUGAAUUCACUCCUUGUGGGUACGAUAACUCGGACUUAGGUCCACUCUAUUACAAGUUGGGUUUAUCCUCAACAAGUUUUUGGCGCCGUUGCCGGGGAGUGACGAGUGUUUAUUGAUUGAUUGAAAUUAGUUGUAGUUCGGUCGAGUUAGUUUUAUUUUCUGUUUUUGUUACAAUUGUUUGUUUUUGCUUUUUUCCGGGUUACGCGUGGUUUGCUUGUUGUUGUUUGUGUAGGAUAUCAACUAUAGUGUAUGCACAAUACACGAAGGGCUAAUCUUCCACUAGAACCGUUUCAAGACAAGCUCGGGGGCUUUGAAAGAAGUGUGAGGCGGGAAAAUCGUAGACCCGCUAUCAUGGAAAAUGAGAAUGAAGAUUUUGAGGAAGGUGAGCGGUUCAAUCCUCAAGUGGAAGGAGCGGAACAACAUUAUCCGCCUCCUCCCCCACUUGAGAAUGUGAAUCGCCAAAGGCAUCAAGAACGCCCAAGGGAUGAUCGACCCCACUUGCAUCCACAAGUGCACAAUCAACCAAGACAAACUUUAGGCGAAUUCUUUUUGCCGAAUGUGGAUAAUGCCACGUUUGGAUGUUUUGCAAUGCCGGUUCAAGCGGCAACCUUUGAGAUCAAGCCAAGUACGAUACAACUUUUAGAGAAUCGUUGUGCAUUUUACGGGUUGAGUCAAGAGGAUCCCAAUGCGCACAUCGCCAAAUUCUUGGGUGUACUCAAUACGUUCAAGCUUCAUGGGAUAACCGCGGAUCAAAUCAAGUUGAGAAUGUUCCCCUUCUCUUUAAGGGACAAGGCUAGCUUAUGGCUUCACUCUCUACCCAACGAAUCCAUCCACAAUUGGAGAGAGUUGGCUCAAGCGUUUCUCAACAAAUAUUUCCCUCAUGGCAAGACUACAAAGUUGACCAAGGAUAUUCUUGAAUUUAUUCAAUUUGAAGGGGAGUCACUUUAUGAGGCAUGGGAGCGUUUCAAGGAUUUACAAAGGAGUGUCCCCCAUCAUCGGCUCAAUAAAGAGCAUGUGAUCCAAAUCUUCUAUGAUGGGACGACUAUUACUACUAGAGCAACAAUUGAUGCGGCUUCGGGCGGAUCACUAAUGCAAAAGACGUAUGAAGAGGCACUAGAAUUGGUGGAAAAGUUGGCGAUAGUUAGUAGCACUUGGGGCCCUAUUGAUAGAAGAGCGCCAUCUACUCAAAAGUCGGUAAUGACUCUUGAUCAAGUGAGGGAAAUGGAGGCCAUAAAAGCAACUAAUGCUUCUCUACAAGCACAAGUGGAUGCCCUCAAGAAACAAGUUGCUCCAAGAAACGCACCGGUCGCCUAUGUUCAAGUGGGAUGUGAGCAUUGUGGGGACUACAACCAUAGUAGUGGGGAGUGUUAUGCCACGGGGAAAGCUUGGAGUGAGCAAGUGAACUAUGUUGGGGGCCAAGGGCAAGCUAAUGACCCGUACUCUAAUACCUACAACCCCGGAUGGAGGAAUCAUCCUAACUUUGGAUGGAGAAACCAAGAAGGUCAAGGCAAUGCUCAAGCCUCCAACCAAGCGGGUCCUAGUUUUCAAGGAGGAAAUAGACCUCAAUAUCAACAACAACCACAAGGUCAAUACCACAACAACCAACACCAAGGGAAUAAUUAUGGUGGUAGACCACAAUACCCUCCCGGUUUCCAACAACCAAGGAACACGGAUGAGGGAAACAUGCUUGCCAAAUUGAUGGAGAAAUUUGAAAAGAUGGAGGUUGAAAAUAGGCAACUUCACAAUGAAAAUAGGCAAAGGGAGAAGAACCAAGCUUCCACCAUCCAUCACUUAGAGACUCAAAUCUCACAAAUGGCACUUUCGCUUCAAGGUAGACCUCAAGGGGGAUUGCCCUCUACUACGGAAAACAAUCCUAGAGAGCAUGUGAAAGCCAUCAAAGUUGUGGAACUUCGAAGCGGUAGAGUCCUUGAUGUUGAUCAUGAUAAGGAUCUUGAAAAAGCUAAUGGCAAGAGGCCAAUGAUUGUGGAGGUUGAGCCUCAAGUGGUAAUAGAUGUUGCAAGCUCUAGUCAAGAGCUACCAAAGUCGUGUGAGGAGGUGGCUAUUGAUAUUGAUGUUGAAGAACCAUAUGUGAGGCCACCACCACCACCACCUUUUGUGCCUAAAAUACCAUUCCCAAGCCGGUUGAGAAAGGCUCCGGAUAAUGAAAAGUUUCAUAAGUUUCUUGAAAUAUUCAAGAAACUUCAAAUAAGCAUGAGCCUAGGGGAUGCCUUGCGAGAGAUGCCCCAAUACGCUAAGUUCUUGAAAGACAUAAUUAUGAACAAGCGAAGUUGGGAACAAGGCGGAACAAUUCCUCUAACGGAAAGUUGUAGUUCUAUUAUCCAAAGCAAUCUACCGACCAAGCUACAAGAUACAGGGAGUUUCACGAUUCCUUGCUUAAUUGGCACUUCUACUUCUCUUAAUUGUCUUUGCGAUUUAGGUGCAAGUAUAAAUCUAAUGCCGUUGUGUCUUUUCAGGAAAAUAUGUGGAAACCAACCGAUAAAACAAACUUCCAUGAUGCUCCAAUUGGCCGACCAUUCGCUCAAGAGACCGCACGGGGUUGCGGAAGACGUGCUAGUAAAAGUGGGCAAGUUCAUCUUUCCGGUGGACUUUGUUGUGCUUGAUUAUGCGGUCGACAAAGAUUGCCCCAUGAUUCUCGGGCGUCCUUUUUUGAAUACGGGGAGAGCAUUGGUUGAUGUUAAUGGGGGGAAGAUAACAUUAAGAAUGAAUGAUGAGAGCAUGGUGUUUGACAUCAAGCAUGGCAAAAGCAAGUGUGAGGAGGAGAAAUGCAUGAAGAUUGAUACUAUUGAGCCCACAUUCCAUGUGCCUAUGAAGGAGGUUCCUAUGAAAGAACCCGAGGUUGUGUGUGCAAAAAUCAAGACAACACCUCAUGUCAAGCCACGCAAGGGAAAACCAAGACGUUGGGCAUCAUGGAAGUUGAAGCUCAACGGGAUAGCAAACGCAAGCAAGAGACAAAUAUGCACGGAAGUUGCUACUCUUGGUGAGUACGUCCAAGUUCGAACCUCUCAAGUACAUUCACAAGCGGGGAAGUUGAUUUCUAAGUGGAGCGGGCCGUUUAAAACACGGCGCAAAUUGGAUAAUGAUUUGAUUGAGUUGGAGGGGGCCAAUGGAGAUGUUUUUAAGGUGCUUGGAGAAUGGUGCAAACCAUAUCCUAGAGUGUUGAUCGAUGAAAGUCGCGAGCAAGUCGCUCUUUUUGAUCCUCCAUGAUUUUGAGGAUCGAUAGUCGAGCUUUCGACUUAAAACAAGCGCACUUGGGAGGCAUUCCCAAGAGGUACUUUGGAGCAUCGCGGAAGCAUUUUGAUACAAAAGAUGGAAAAGUCGACGGAAAAGAGGCGAAAGCUCAUUUGCAAGUCUGAAAAACCGACCCCUCUGCACUAAUUGGCAAAUUGGAACCAGCUAGAAGCCUCAAAUGAACUUGUGUUCUUCAUGAAAGUUGAAGUAGACGUCCCAAGCUUUCCAACGGUUCAAGAAUCGACUCAAUCGGACAUUUCUACGCAAAGUUAUGAAGUUUUGAAGAUCGGAGCUGAAACCGUAAUGCCAAGCUCGAAUCGAGCUCACCAAGGCCAAGAGGGAGCUCGAUUCGAGCUCACCACUCUGAGUUCCAGAAAUUCAAGCUCGAAUCGAGCUUGAGGAGCAAAAAAUCAAGCUCGAUUCGAGCUUAGGCUUGUGUAAAGGGGGAAAUUUGAUUUCAAAUGCUUCAAGGCUUGAUUCUCUUUGCUUCUUUGGGCCAAACACUCCUUGAGUGAAUGUUUUUCUUUCCUCUUUUGUAAACAUAUAAAAACCCUUUUAUCUCUAUUUUAGGUUAUGUCAUGAUUUGGUAGAGAAUUGAUAGACAUCUCAUUAUUGUAGCAACACUUUCUCUCUAGCUUUAAAUCAUUGUUCUUAUUGUUCUUACUAAAAGUAGUAAAGGAUCUUCAUAGUUCUUGGUGUUCUUCAAACUAAUUUCCAGAUUUUGCUAUAUUGGGAAACUUAUUAAAUACAAGUAUUAGUCUUUUAAUUGAAGCUUCA